GAAGAUCCAAUACAUGAUAAAACAGUUGAUGUCAUCUCAGUAAUUAAGAUCAUUAGAGAGAAGAAAACAAGACCAAAGCUUGAGCUUCCUUAUGACCAUGACAGAAAAGGACCAAAGCUUCAUAAUGACAAUGAAAGUAACAAGUUUAUGGAGAAAAUCCCAUCGAAAAUGGAUGUUGGUGUCAAAGGAAAAAUGGAUACCAAUAACGACGUACACCUUAGCUUUGAUGAAAUUGAAAAUAAUGAACUGAUGGAUGUCAACUCCCCGUUAAAAAAAUCAAGACCACGUUCAACACUGUACCUUGUAACAAAAUCGUUACUGAUUUUUGUCAUACCGGCAGUUCUCAUUUACAUGAUUUGUGCUAGUGCCAGAGGAAAUGAACCAGGGGAUCUCCAACCCAGACAGCUUAAACCGGGAAAAGAAGGGGGUUACAAUCAGUUCCUGGGGGGAAAGGACAGUGAGGACUCGCAGCAGACAGGCAUUCACCGCCCAAAUAGAUACCCCACUCCAACGGGCACCGAGAACGAAAACAGCGGACAAGAUGUUGCCAAAAGGAAAACCCUGGAUGUAUUAAUCAAGAAAGACUUGCAAAAAAAGGAGAGAGAAAAGCAAAAGAAUAUGGAAAGAGAGCAGAUGGAACAAGAGAAGAAGGAAGCAGAAAAACAUCGAGAAGAGACCAAGAAAGAAGCAAAGAAUGACAAGACAAAUGAUGGAAAGCCUCACGUUCCAAAGAAGAGUCGAUUUGAUACAGAUGAUGAAGAGGAUGAAAGUUCAUUACCUCCAACUCCAGUCAAGGGGAGGUCAAUGUUUAAAAAACGGGUGAAAAGGAGAAGCCCUUCUCCACAGAAGUUUAAAUCAGAGGAGAAAAAGCAGAUGGGCAUUUCAUGUUUAGGAGAAUCAGCUCCUGUGUAUGAAUCAUCUGGACCAUUUUAUGAUGUUAAUAAAUGUGAACAAGAACGGAAAAUACUGGAGUGCACUGACAAUUCAAAAGUCAAAGCUUGCAUUCGGGAUAAUGAUGAAAAAUCACUGUUGGCUGUCUGCACUAUAAAUAUCUGUCUUUAUGAUCAAGCAUGUCCAAAGGUGACCAGAGAUCUCAACAAUGCUUCAGUUGUUGAUAGCCAAUAUAACCAGUGUCAAAGUUGCAAAAAUAGAGAAAGUUUACAGAGCAGACUAAAUGAAUACGGCAAUGUUGGAGCCGAAUGCUUGAAUAUUUCUGGCACCAGUCCACAACCUAUCGGAACCAAUGAGGAUGAUGGUUUGGAUCUGAAUGUUGCAAUUCCAAUAUCAGUCCUAGUUCCCAUUAUAGUCCUCGGAAUUGGAUUAGGAAUUGGAUUUUGGUGUGUCAAGUAUCGAAGAGGUAGGCAUAAUCAGCAGAAUGGAAACAAUGCAAGUCCUGUAGACCAGGAACGAAAUGGAGGAGGUUCGAUAGAGUUUCAGACUCGGAAUGGAGGAGCGGGGUCUGUGCCUCUGAUGCAGAAUGGAGGAGCGGGGUCUGAGCCUCUGAUGCAGAAUGGAGGAGCGGGGUCUGAGCCUCUGAUGCAGAAUGGAGGAGCGGGGUCUGUGCCUCUGAUGCAGAAUGGAGGAGCGGGGUCUGAGCCUCUGAUGCAGAAUGGAGGAGUGGGUUCUCAGCUUAUGACGCAAAAUGGAGAACAGGGGGAUGCUGAGGUGUAGUUUGAAAAAAUGACAAGCAAAUCUACCGGUUAUCAUUUGUAAAAUCGCUGUGUGGACAUUUGCUGUCUCUCUGCUUACUUGAUGAUGUGUGUGAGCUGGAAUGUGAAAUCUCCGCAAAAAGCCAUCAAAACAACUAUUUCUUGGACAUGAUAUCUUCUCUUAUGCAAGUCUCUUCUGUAUCAUCAUGGCAUUCAUCUGGAAAUAAAAUUGUGCAGAGAUCCCGAGGAUGAAGUCUUUCUUACGUGCUUUUUAUGUUGUGUACUGAACGAUGGCUGUGAAAACAUUAAAACAAUUGUCUCUUAGCUGGCUUAUGUUUAAAUUAUAUCAUUUAUUUUCUCUGCAUAUAUUUACUAUUGAUAAUAAAAUUUAUUUUGUAACUUAUUAUACCCCACACAACAAAUGUUCAGGGGAUAAAGUCUGUCAGUCCCGUUUUGUUUUUAUUUGUACAUUGCAACUCCUUUCAAUCUCUACAUUAUACUCUAUGUAUCCAGUUUAUGAGAAUGAAUUCAUUGUCAUUGGCUAUACAAAUGUACCAUAUAAAUGCAUUUGUUUCCAUGUAAUGGAUAGAUUUUCAACUUCAUAAUUGCUUUUAGAUUUUUAUUCUAUUUGUGGAAAUAAAAAGAGAAAUGUCA